AUGGGCAUAAGUUUCGUAAUGAAAUUCCUUUCAUUAUUAUUGAUGAGCUUGACCAUUGAAUCGACUUUAAAUAUGAAGAAUGCGCAAUCGUCUUUGCAGCAAUUGCGAUGGUUAAGCUUUUUGAAGGUUAGAAGACGAUUUUCGAUUGCGGAAUGUGAAGUUUUAUUAACUGGUCACAGAAUAAAAACGGUCCAAAAUAAGGAAGCUAUUAAGCUCUGA